AUGGGAUCCUCUCGAUCAUCCAGCAACAUGAUGUCACGACUUGCAUCUGUUGAUGCAUUCUCUUCAGGGACGCCUUCAACAUCAAACACAGCACGCUCUUCUAAAGCGUCCAAUUUAACAAACACUGACACAAGGUCAUCUAUGUCACGACUCCAAAGGUCAAACACGUUCAACAAAGCAGUGCAUACAAUUAAUGAUACCACUAAUGUUCACUCCUCGUCAUCAACAAGAUACUCAAUGGUAAAUGUGUACACAAAAACACAGAACUCGAAGAACCAGUCAACAGUUGCCACAUCUCUGCCAAGUUUGUCACGGAACUCUGACUUUGCUAUCGAGGGAGUCUGUCCUUUAAGAUCACCAAGUUUAUCACCUAGUGUGCCACCUCAUAUUGUUGCCAGUGGUGACUUAACAAGUCAUAAUAGCCUGUCAACAACAUUUACUUGUGGAUCCCCAGUGGGUACAGGUCAGAAGAUGAGUUACGCACAGGUGGUAAGCACUCCACAGAGGGUCUCACCACGGACUCCAUUGUUCAUGUAUCAGCGAUUCCCCAGUUCCAUUCAACUUGGAUGUUGA